AUGGAGUGCUUCCAAUACGCAAAUGGAAUUGUGUGGGAGCCAAAUAAUGGAGCAUGUCGAGAAGUGCUUGCUAAAGUCGCCAACCUAAUAGUUCACUUAGAUGAUGUUUAUGAUGUGUAUGGAACUCUAGAUGAACUUGUUCUCUUCACUAACGCCAUUGGAAGAUGGGAAGAAAGUCCUUGUGAAAUGCUCCCUGAAUACAUGCAAGCACUCUAUUCCGUCGUGUACAACACGUCCGCUGAGGUGGCUGAAAAUGUGUUUAAACAACAUGGUUGCAACACCCGUUAUGUUCUUCAGAAAGCUUGGCGAGACAUGGCGGAGUCUUUCCUGGUGGAGGCAAAGUGGCAGCAUGGAAACCACAGACCAACACUCCAUGAGUAUCUGGACAAUGGAUCAAUUUCAUCUUCUGCGCCACUGCUACUGCAACAUGCAUUUCCCCUGCUCCGCAUGGAAGAAAAGCUCACCUCAAUGUCUAUUGCUAAAGUUGGAGGCUACCCAAAAUUAGUUCAGUCUGCAUCGUUAGUUCUUCGCCUCUGCAACGACUCUGCAACCCACUCUGCUGAGCUGGAGCGAGGGGAUGCACCAUCAUCAAUAGCUAUUCACAUGUCCGAGAACAGCUCCAGUGAGCAAGAGUCCCGCGAAGCCAUGGAAGAUCUUACCAUGGAAGCCUGGAAGUCAAUUAAUGAAGAUGCAUUCAAACAUUGCCGAUUUUCUAGAUCUUUCGCCAAGACUUGCGUGAAUUUGGCUCGAAUCUCACAUUGUGUUUACCAAGGCUGCGAUGGUUUUGGUGCGCCGGAUGGUCAGAACAAAAGGCAAAUUAAAGAGUUGUUCUUGGACUCUAUCAUGAGUGAGAAACAUUAA